GUACUGCAAUCAGGUGAGAUAGGAGCGUUUCGCAAGUGAGGGACGGAGCAGAACGCUGGACAGACUAUAAAAGGGGCCACCCUCCUGCCCCUCUUCAUUCCACCUUCUUUCUUGCUCUUGGUUCUUCCUCGCUCUUCCCUUGCACAAAAUGAGUCAGCAUACCCAGCAAACCCAGCAAACGAUCAAGGGGGAUCUUUCUGAGCUGGAAAAAGCCAUUGAGACGAUCAUCAACAUUUUCCACCAAUAUUCGGUACGCGUCGGGCAUUUCGACACCCUGACCAGGGGGGAGCUGAAGCAGCUGAUUGACAAGCACCUUGUGAACUUCCUGAAGAGACAAAAGGACCAAGCUUCCAUCGAUAGCCUGUUCAAAGAACUGGACAAAAACAGAGACCAGCAGCUCAGCUUUGGGGAGUUCAUGGUCCUGAUCUCCAGGGUGACCGUCGCCACCCAUGAGCACAUCCACCAGGGAGAGGGAGGGCAGCAGCAGCACCAGCACUAAACUCAGGCUGCCCAAGUCUGAGGCUGGGGCGAAACUCAUCCAGACAGUAGCUCAAAGCUGCUGAGAUUCUCCCUCGCUGGGGUCUGAUGAUUCGGCCAUGAGACAAUAAAGUUUUGCUGUAAAGUUC